GCAACAUCCGGUGUUUAUUGGCGGGUCGUUCAACAAGGAAAAGAUGUCGGAAGGUACUGAAAAUUAUUUCAGUGUUGACGACAUUCUUGCCACUCAGGAGCGAUUGCCAUGUACUGUGGAAAUGACAAUUUAUCGACUAGGGUACUUGGAUUCAAGUUCUGAAGGUGAUGAUCUUGUUCCGGGAACAACGCUGGAGAUGCCCUUCUGGAUGGCACGAGCUUUGUGCAGUCGCAAGCGCCACAUUGUGAGUGUUGAGAUCCCUAAACAGUACAAGGAGAGUUAUCGGGAGAUCUUAACAGCAGACGCUUCAGUUGUAGACCUCCACAAGCUAGGCCCAUUUUACUACAGCUAUGGAUGUCAGCUUCUUCGGUUUGAACUUCCUGACAGUGGAGACAUUUCAAAAAGUCUGCUCAAGACUUUCCAGACACGUUUAAGAAAAAUUAUGGACUCUUCACAGAACGCUUUGAAUGAAGACACAACAAGACUUACGGAGAAGUUGGAUGAGUCCGAGAGACUGUUGUUUAAGGCUGGACAGCAAGGCCUCAAUGACUUUUAUAAGUGGGAAACAAGACAAAUAGAGAAACUGACCACAUCAGAGAUGGUCAGACAUCACCGUAAACGGAAACGAGGGGCAUUAGAGGAUGCCUGAUUAAAUAUCAUAGAUUCUUCCUUAACCUCAGUUCUUUUUAUCAGGGAAUAUAACCAUUACUGUAUAUUUUGCUUUCGCUAUCUGAGAAAGUCACAAUUGUUGAAAAUCUUGGCUCUGUUUAUCAGGGAAAGUCUAUAUUACCAUAAAUCACUUCUAUUUUCCCAGGAAUCAUUUUUUUGUAAAACUUCACAAAAGAAGAGUCAAACACUCAGUCAAAUAUUCAAGUGGUGAAAAUGAGUUCUGUCAGUCUGGUUGUUUUUACGAUUAAUUUCUAGUGUGACCAGUUACAGUAAAUAACACUCUUUAUGGUGCAAAGUUAAUAACAAUAUUUAUGAGAAUUUAUGUAGCACAACUGGUGAAGGGUUUGUGUGUGACAUGUUGAUUACUAGUACAGUAUGUACUCUUGCCACUUUCAUCAGACAGUUGGCAAGUGAAGAUUAUAGCAUAACAAAAUCAAUGUCGAUUUUAUAUUGCCAUCUUGUACAAUCUUUACACCUUUGUGUACAUAUAUGUAACAGGAAAGAGAAUAGUGUGCUUCCACUGGGAAUCAAACCCUCAAUCUCCAGGUUCUUAGUCGUAUGCUCUAUCACUGAACUAUAGGGAAAUUCCCUCUACCUCGAAACUAGAAGGCGACCGUAAUCCUAUUGCAAAAGAUGUGCA